AUGUCCACCAACCCGCUCCCCACAACCUCCGCUCUAGUCCUCUCCCUCCUAACAUCCCUCGGCGGCGCAAUCGGCUACGCCCGCACAGGCUCCAUCCCCUCCAUCGCAGCCGGCCUCUCCGUCGGCGCCCUCUACCUCCUCAGUUACCUGCGCCUGCGCGCCGGCGAGUCCUACGGCGAGGAGAUCGGGUUGCUAGCUUCGACUGUGUUGGGGGGAAGCUCGAUUCCUCGCGCGAUUAAGACGGGCGGCAAGCCUGUGCCGUUGGGGUUGAGUGUUUUGGCGACGUAUGGGGUUGUUGUUUUUGGGCUUGCGUUGAGAGAGAAGAAGGGUCUUUAG